UGUUGUUGGCACAGCAUCCCGCUCCCCCGCCCCAUCUCUGCUGCCUCCGUUUCAUUUGCUGCCUUCUCAUCCCGCCUGUGAGCCGCAUCCUCACCAACAUCCACUGACGGAUUCACCACAUGUCCCGCAGCCUUCACCGGGUUUAGCUGCAUAAUAGCCUCAUAUAACCCCAAAACAACGGGUGGAAAUCGGCUUUUACACGGGUACACUGCUCCUGCAAGACCUCCCCUCAGGACGUCCCACCUCCCUCACAUACACUCUGACCAUGCAGGAGGUGUAACCCUCCUUCCACUUCUUCCUUGUGUGUCACUGGAGGAAACCCAAACCAUAAAAAAACUCAACCUGUAACAAGUCAAGAUGUCAGACCCUGAUACCUCCUCACCAGCGGACCCUGCACUGCCACUCACCUCCCCACGCACCCCACUGCAGCUCUCCUUCCCUUUCCUGAGGGAGGGCAGCCGGGUUUGGGAGAGGGAGAGGAAGCCGCCACAGCCUGGAGAGCUGCCCAGCCCACUGCCCACCAAACGCACCCGCACAUACUCAGCGACAGUGCGAGCCAAAUCAGGUCCAGUAUUUAAGGGAGUGUGUAAAAACUUCUCCAGGUCUCAGGGUCAUGGAUUCAUACGCCCCUCUCAUGGAGGAGAGGACAUCUUUGUCCACAUCUCUGACAUUGAUGGGGAGUACGUGCCUAUGGAAGGGGACGAGGUCACGUACAAAGUGUGUCCCAUCCCUCCCAAGAACCAGAAGAUCCAGGCCGUUGACGUGGUUAUCACCCACCUGAACCCAGGCACCAAGCAUGAAACCUGGUCAGGUCAGAUUAUCAGCUCCUAGACCAGCGCACCAGGCCGCAGCGCUGCAGAUGGUCUUGGAAUGGAGCUGGGGAGAUUUGGGUUUAAUUUAAGGUUUUAUGUUUUCAGGGUGUGAGGUUUGGGACCUGGUCUGAGAAAGAAGGAUUCAAGCUUUGGGUAUGGUGAGGGUCAACCUGAGGGGCCCUGGUUAUGGAAGGGUGUUUGUGAACAUUUGUAGGUUAGAGCUGGAAGUUAAGCUUUGAAUGUAAAUGUUUUUCUUUGAUGGUCAUGGUUUGAUCAUUUGGAUUGAACAUUUUUGUUGGGGUGGGUUAAAAUUUGGGGGUUCAGGGGCUUAGGGGUUAGGGCAUAGGGCUUAUAAUCAAAUAAUAUAUUUUAGUUGGAAAAUCAGUGAAGCAGGUUUUUGAUGCUGAAGAAGCAGAUGGGAUGGAGGUUGAAAAGCAUUCUGAGCAAAUUUGAAACAACUUGGCCGUAUUGACACUCGGUGGAAACACUAAAAGAGUAGGUUUUGAGGGAGCAUCUCAGUGGAGCCCUGAACUUGGAGCACUUGUAUUUUUUCUUUGUGCUCACAACCAAUAGAUUGCGUACCACCACUGCCAAAAGACAUGACAAACAUCUGUUUCAAAUUGUACAUUUGAACUGUUUUGUGUCUUUGUUUACAGCAAAAGAUGGAGAUAGUUUUCACCAGUAGAUUAAAAGUGAAAACAUAUAUGUGUAACAGCCUUCUGGGUUGUUUACAGUAGGCUUGGCUUAAAGUGAAAGGAACAGCUUGUCAGAUCUACCUUUAUCUCUCUGCCUUCAGGAGAGUAAAGCAUUUUCUGAGUUGUUUGACACAAAAUGCUAACAAAUGGGUGUACUUACAGUAAGUAAGUAAGUCUGACACACAUUCAGUGCGCUCUUAAUGCGUUUUGGCCUCAGGAGCUGCAGUGAGCACCACAUAUAAGUAAAUCUUUUCCUUUUUAAUAUUGUAGCACUAGUGUAUUUUGUCUACUUGGCAAAGGUAGAAAUCCAGUAUUACUGUAGCCAGCUCCUAUGACGGUCAUAUGUUUCAGUAGUGGAGAGAGUAGCUGGAUGAUAUGUUGGCCUGCUUGCUGCUGGGAAACCAGGCCACAGGGUUUGGAGUUGAGGAAGGAAACUAGAUAGGGGAUGAGGGUCUGAGAUCGGGCAGAGGAUGGAAGGGUUAUCUGUGCUGUAGAUGAAAUUGAGCACAGAUGCUGCUAGAAUUGAAAUGUUGUAAGCAUGUGUAAGGAAGAAGAUCAAGAUUAAAGUCAGCAGUUCUGAAAUUUUGGUUGGUCAGGUGAGCUUAAUGGCAUGAAAAAAAUUUGUUCCUGAUUUUUGGGAAUAAGCGUAUUUAGUUCUUUGAUGAGAGUUAGACGUGUAGACUGAUACCACUCAGAUGUUUGUGUGGUACCUUUGUGAAAAGGAUGGACAGGCUAAGAGCUCCCAGAAGUGAAGCCAACACAAUCCCCCGGUGGCUGGUUGCAGUAUAGUUCAUUAAUCUCGCCUCCUCCGUGUUGGUGGAUGGGACAUGAGCCAACCUUAAAAACUCAAAAGUACAAAUCAGGUACAUAUUUCCCAAAGGUCACUGCUGUGGUUUUUGUUAGAUAUUACAGUAUCGUGUGUCUGUACAAGUGGUCAUUUUUUCUCACAUGUUUGUUUUAAAAGAGUUAUUUGAUGAUACAUUUCGGAUCAUUUGACAGCUUUGAUUGGUAGCUCAGUGCUGUCACUCCACACCUGGUCACUGCUGCGCAGAAUGUGGUUAUGAAGAAUCAAGGUGGCGGCUGCCAUAUUCAUGAUAUUUUGGCUUCAUUUUUGCAAAGUGAAGGCAAGUGGUGAUGCCAUGUCCUUUCUACACAGUAUAUGUCGAAGUGUAGUACAUAGAAAGAUACAGCCAAUUUACCAGUGAGCUUAGCUUAGCAUAAAGCCUGGAAACAAGGAACAGCUAGCUUUGUCUCUGUCUCCGCCCUUUAACACCUCGAUAGCAAUGAACCAAUGAACAUGUCAUUUUUCAUUGGUUAAUCAGUAUCAAUCAAACUGUAAAAAUGACAGUGUUUAUGCUAAGCUAAGCUAACUAGCUCCUAGCUGUAGCUUCAUACUUAGCAUACAAACAAAAGAAUGAUGUCAUUCUUUCAUCUAACUCUCGGCAAUAAAGUGAAAUAGCAUAGCUCUCACUGUUCUAACUAUUAAUUUAAAUCAUUUAUGUAAUUAAACAUAAAAGCAUUUCCUGUUGUUGUGAUAAAUGAAUUCCUUUUGUGAAAUACAGUAUUUUGUGGCCUUAAGGCUUUAAUUUAUCUUAAAAUGAAUGAAUCAGUUAUAAUAAACUGAAAAUGGAAAAGAAGUUUCACCUUAUGAAAAUGAGAGAGGAGGGUGAAGCUGACGAGGAUGAACUGCUAAUUUUUAGCUUGAAGGUUCAGUACACUUCAUAUGCCACGGCAAUUUACUGUGAACAUUUUAAAGAAUAAGCAGCAAAGGCUUCCUGGUUUAAGUUUUACAAGACUGUUUAUUUAUUGACUUAUUUAUUUUCAUUUGUAACAACAUAAACAUCAGGUAUUUGUGCAAAUCUAAGCCUGUUUGAGUACACUGCACACCUCAACUGUAAUGAUGCUAAAAAUCGCUUAGCUAGUGUCACGUCAUCACUGACAGGCAAAAAACACAAAUGAAAACCUUCAACUUUUCCCAAACACAAGUUUCUAAUUUAUAUCCUUGUCUAAUUUUUACUACCUAUGAGUAUGUGUUCAAAAUAACAAGACGAUUUGUUUUGCACAUUGUCAUGUUCUGCUUGUUGUAAUUUUUCUGUAGAAUGUGUUGAUUCUGUUCUGUCAUGCAGUAACACAGCUGGAGCCUUCACAGAAGCGUCGUCAGGUUGUCCUAUGCAUCUUUGAUUUUUUUUUUCUUUUUUUGUCACAACUGUGAAUUAACAUAAUAGCAAAUCACUGUAUCUGGUUUAUUUACUGUGAGAGAAACAAGUUUGAUUGUAUUCACAAGCACUUUUAUUUUUGUCAAAUAACUGUGGCACUGUUUUUUGUCAUUAAGUUACUGUAAAGUUUGAAUAAAACUUACUCUUGUAUUCACA